AUGGUGCUCCCCCGCACAAUCGACCCGUCACCGCACGAUCCGCUCCUUCUCCGGCCCCUGCCCCCGUCUCUGCCCUCGGAUCCCUCAGCCCUCGUCUCCGAGCUCGCCUCGCAACUCCACACCUUCAUCGAUGCCGAGGGAGAUGUCGACCCGAUCCUGCUGAACACGCUCUCUGCGGGCGUGCGACACGCGACCCGCUCUGCUCAGACGACGGUCAAUGCUGGCCGAGUGCACUCUGCCGAGGCGCGGGCGGGGCUCGAUGCCGCUGACGCGGAGCUGAGAGCCGUCAUGUACGAGUUGGGCAAGGUGCGCGAGGCCAUCGCCGAGUGCGACGCGUACGUGCCCGAGUACGAGAAGCUGGAUCUUGUGCCGGAGGAUGAUUUCCUGGCCUCAGUUGAGCAGGAGGUGUUGGCUGGAUUGCACGAGCAGGAGAAACACUACGCCCUUACCCUCCUCCGUCUCGAAUCCGAGCUCUCAACCCUCGUGGCGCGCGAAGGGCUCCUCGCCGACCUGACAAAGGAGAGAGACUCCCUCGUACGGGCUAGGCGCGAGGUGCGCGCCAAGUUCGACGCCGUCGACGUCUGGCUCGCCGACUAUGCCAAGACCACGAACGCGAUGGCGAGCAAGAUCAGGGACGUGACGCGGGUCACGAACCCGCCGAAACCGGUGAAGAAGGAGGGCGAGGCGAAGGGCGAGGCGAAGGAGGAGAAGGAGGACAAGAUGGAGAUGGACAAGUAG